AUGGCGUCCGGCGGUGAGAACACGACGGAGGAAAGAACCGAGCCGGCGACGCCCGCACAACCCCUCACCAAUGUCGUGAGCGAAGCAACGCAAAGGACACUAGCAAUGAAUAAAGAUUCUGAUUUGACUGGUGUGGCACCAAAGAAGUCGCGCGUUGAAGUGCAAUCUCUUCCAACAAGGCAGUACCUCGAUCAGACGGUAGUGCCAAUCCUGCUACAAGCACUGUCCAGUUUAGCCAAGGAAAGACCUGCCGAUCCUAUCAGCUUUCUAGCUGGAUAUCUAUUAAGGAAUAAGAGCCAAUAUGACAAUGGUGAAUCUCCACCGACUAGUCAAUGAACUAUUUAAGCAUUUAUAAGUAUGUGGUGAAAAUCGAAGAAUCGUUUGUAAACAUUUACCAACUUUUCUUAGGAGCGUAUUCGAAG